CAUCUUUACUUCAAACCGAAGGCAAUAAAAAUAGUCUUUUUUCAGUUGCAAUGGCUAAGCCUGUCCUUAUUUCUCUUUCUGUCUGCCUUCUUGUUUUCUUUCAUGGCUCCUUUGCUCGCCUGCAAAACGAGUGCCAACUCGACAGGCUCGAUGCCCUCGAACCUGAUAACCGUAUUCAGUGCGAUGCUGGUAUGGUCGAGGUCUGGAAUCCCAACCAUGGUCAGUUCCAAUGCGCUGGUGUGGCUAUGGUUAGGCAUACAAUUGAGCCCCGAGGCCUUGUACUUCCAUCCUACAGCAAUGCCCCUCAGCUCACCUACAUUGUUAAAGGUAGGGGUAUGAUUGGGACCUUGUUUCCUGGAUGUGCUGAAACAUUCCAAGAAUCUCAAGAGUCGGGUAGGACACAAGAUCAGCAUCAGAAGAUUCACCAUUUCCGUGAGGGCGAUGUCAUUGCCUUGGCUGCUGGAGUUGCUCACUGGUGCUACAACGAUGGCAAUGAACCCGUUAUAACUGUUACCGUUAUUGACACCACCAACAUUGCCAACCAGCUUGACAUGAAUCCUAGAAACUUCCAUCUGGCUGGUAACCCAGAAAAUGAGUUCCAGAAAUUUCAGCAGGCGGGUGAGCGUGGCCGGAGAGAAUAUUCCCACCAAGGUGGCAAGGGUCAACAAGGCUCUUGCAGAAAUCUCUUCUGUGGAAUUGACACAAGACUCAUCUCCGAAUCAUUCAAUAUUGACGAACAGUUGGCUACGAAGCUUCAAGGCCAAAAUGACUUCAGAGGCAGCAUUGUGAAGGUUGAAGGUGGACUUCGGGUAGUCAGGCCACCAAGGACCGAACAAGAGAGAUUGGAGGAAGAAGAGCAAGGCCAAGGAGGAAGUUACAAUGGUCUAGAGGAAACUUUCUGUACUAUGAGGAUUAAAGAAAACAUUGCUGAUCCCUCACGCGCCGAUGUUUACGUCCCUGAAGUUGGUCGUGUCAGCACCGUCAACAGCAAUAAUCUACGUAUUCUUAGGUUGCUCCAACUCAGCGCUUCCCAUGUCUCUCUCAGCAAUGGUGCUAUUAGAUUACCUCACUGGCACGUAAACGCACACAGCAUAAUCUAUGCAUUGAGGGGUCAAGCUAAGAUUCAGGUGGUGGAUGAAAAUGGCAACAGGGUCUUCGAUGGCAAUGUGAAGGAAGGACAAGUCCUGACAGUGCCACAGAACUUCGUGGUAGUGAAACGAGCAGAGAGUGAUAGAUUUGAAUGUGUUGCCUUCAACACCAACGAUAACGCUGUGGCAUCUGAUCUAGCAGGCCGUACCUCAGCCAUCAGGGCAAUGCCGCUGGAGGUGCUGGCCAACGCAUUCCAGGUUUCGGUAGAGGAUGCUAGAAGGAUCAAGUCUGGAAAGCAAGAGACAAUCCUGACUAGGUCCCAGUCUGGAAGGAGGUCUGCUACUUAAGAUGUUAAUGUUAUGUAUAAAUGUAAUGAGGCAAGCUAGCCUUCUCCCUUUUCUUUUCUUCUUCCUCUUUUAGAAGGGGACUGCAUUAUGUAAGUGUUGGCAAAUAAAAUGUGGUAAUGGCAAUAAAUGCAGUGUAGCCUUCUAUGAAGAAGCAAUGGAAGUAAUGCAGAUCAACUCUUUUCUCCA